AAUAUCAAUUAGAGUCAUGGAUGAAUUUUGUGAAGGAAGAAAACAAUUUGAAGAAUUCAGUAUUUAAUACGUGGAGUGUACUUGUAUAGAAAUCAGUUGUAUUUGUCAAGUUUCCUUCGAUCGAUGUUGUCCUUGCAAUCUAUAAUUAACGUACAGAAAAACGUCAUUGUGUUUCAGGAUGCUUUGGAUACUAAAAGGUGGUCGUCCAAGAACAGCCAAAAUGGGUACGUUCACAUUAUUGUCAAACGUUCGUAGUUUAGAUAAAUUAUUUAGCUAGCGACUGAAUAUGCAAUUUGAUUUAAAUUAAUUGAUUUCGAUUUAAAUUAAUCUCAAGUAACAUCAAUCAUAAUGUUAAAAAUUAUUAUCGAGCAAUUAUUGAAGGAAUAAUACUGAGAGGGACAGAGAAAUUCAUUGGUAUUGUCUUCUUUUAAUUCCAGCUACGAUCCAUCUCGCAAGUCCAACAUCUACGUGCUGGAGCUUGAGGAGAAGAAGAAAAGCGUACAGGAGUACGAAGAGGAUUACAAUCCUUACGAUCACAGAGACGUUACACAUCCAACUACGAGCUGGGAGACGCUGUUACAUCUGUUGAAAGGCAGCUUGGGCACUGGAAUCCUUGCGAUGCCAAAGGCUUUCUACCAUGCUGGAUAUGGUGUUGGCAUAGUGGCAACCAUAAUCAUAGGUAUAUUCUGUACUUAUUGCAUGAGGAUAUUGGUCAGCUCGGAAUACGAGCUUUGCAAGAGGAAAAAGGUAGCCUCGUUAUCUUAUCCUGCCACGGCGGAAGCUGCUCUGUCGGAGGGUCCAGCGCCGUUCAGGCGAUUUGCCAAGGCUUCUAUGUGAGUAUUUCGAUCGAGAAUUUUCGUCGAAACAUUCAGAUGAAUUUCCCCGAGAAAAUCUCUCUAUUUUCAAGAUUUACGAUUUUCGAAAUAUUUUUUAUACAACACGAUUCUUAAGGCAAUACUUUGGUAGUCAUCGAUCGCGUAAUACAGAUUUUGACGAAGAAUUAGAG